GAAAGUUUUCUGACAAUAUCAUGAAUAUGGUCAAUCAAAACAAGUGUAUGACUAAUAUCAAUUGGUUUGAACCAGUGUUGUGUUUAUAAUGAAGGCUAAGACUGUAUCAAAAGCUUUACUGACGGUGGAGGAGGAUGUAGGGCCCGGAGCAAAAGUCAGACGGGGUGUAGGAAGACCUGAGUUGAAAACUUUUGAUCCAUUCCUGUUGUUUGAUGAAUUCACAGACAAAUUAUCUGAUGGAAUGCCUGACCAUCCACACAGAGGCUUUGAGGCGGUCACCUAUGUUUUGAAAGGAGGAAUUGAAUAUGAGGAUUCCUGUGGUCAUAAAGGACUACUGCAACCUGGAGACUUACAGUGGAUGACAGCUGGCAGAGGAAUUGUCCAUUGUGAAAUGCCACAUGGAGAAGAAGAGGUCCACGGACUUCAGCUGUGGGUUAAUUUAGCCAAGAAAGAAAAGAUGGUGGAGCCAGCAUUUCAGGAGCUGCUGGAAAAGGACAUCCCAAGGACAACCAAAGAUGGAGUCAUGGUCAAGGUCCUUGCUGGGGAAGCAUUUGGAAUAAAGUCUAAGAUAUACACGCGUACACCUACAAUGUAUCUGGACUUUAUACUGGACCCUGGAUCUAAAUUGGAACAGCCGAUUCCAACUGGGUGGAGGUCUUUCUUGUACAUCCUGUGCGGCAAGGCAAAGUUUGGUCCAGCAGGAAGUCAGGAGGAGCACGAGGCUCAUCACAUGGUGACCUUUGAGGACGAUGGAGACAGUAUACAAGUGGAGAACUCUGGGACAGCAAAGUGUCAUUUAGUUAUGAUUGCUGGAGAACCAAUCAAAGAACCUGUUUAUCAGCAGGGACCUUUUGUUAUGAACUCACAAGAGGAAGCACAGCAGGCUUUACAUGACUAUCAGACAGGGGGACCUGGCUUUGAGAAUGCCUCUAAAUGGCAGUCUGAUUAUGUAAAGAAUCUCGAUGUUAGCUGACCAACUUCUGAUCUCUAUUAUUUCUCUCAGGAGGUGUGUUAAGAUGUCUUUCAAUCUACAAGAAGGAAUAAAAUGCUUAUUGAUACAAAUGAAAAACAUCAAAUAAGUUUUCUUAUGAAGAACAUUAACUUCUCGGUAAGCAUUAUUGUAUUAAUGUAAAACAAAACAUCCUAAAUAAAAUGUUAUUGGAUUUGUAUGUUUUAAACAGAAGUACAACUGUUGGAGUUGAAAUAUUUUUUUUUUAUUGUAACGAUACACAGGCAAAUGGUCCUCAUGAGAAAUUGUGAAAAUUUUCAUAUAUAUUUCACAUGAAAUUCAUUUGAGUUACAUUUUGCCAUAUUUAUAUGUAUAUGUAUAUUUUGAGAGAGGGAAAGAGGGAGGAGAAAGAGAAUAUUUUAAUAAUAUUUACAUACAUGUGAUUUAAGUUUGCCUAGUUAAUAUAUUUUUUGACAAUACAUUCCACAUGUUUGAGUGUGUAAUAAAAAUAGAAUUCAGA